UGCUGUGCUCAUUUUAGGAGUACAUGACAUUGGUGUAAACAAGAGUUCAUAAAAUAUGUUGAUGUUGCUUGACAUUUACUAUGCCCCACUUCAAAACGGACCUCAGAGGAAAAGUAAAGGAGCUUUGGUCAUGAAGGGGCGGGGCUGUUUCACACUCCAAAACGUCACAGUUACGUAGCAGGAACCGUGUUUCUGCAACUACCCUCCCCCAUCACACACUCGCUGACCAUGUGAUCAUCAAUUAGGAAACGCGCGCUUUGCUACCUGCACAAAAGAAAGGCGUUGAGAAGAGUGAGCGUUCGAGUCAGCAUCAUCGAGAAAAACACCGAAAGUGACAAAUACUUCAGAAUUAAAGCAGAUGGACAAUCCCACUGAAGAUAGUGAUUAUUCUGACUCAGUCAGUCUUUUUGGAUCAGAUGAGGAAUACAAACCCACUAAGACAUCCACUGAGUCGAGUGAUGACGAGGAGAUAUUCGACCCAAAGGUAGAAAAAUUGACUUAUGAUACAUCCAGUGAAGACUCUACAAGUCAGACAUAUGAAGCAGAGGAGCACAGAGUCACGUCUGCAGUUCGCAAAGAAAGUAACCCAUUAACCUAUGUAAAGAGAAAAAACAAAAAACAAAAGCUGAGCAAAGAAGAUCCUUCUUUAACUAUAAAAACUUGUACAAGAAGGGAAGGCAAACGAGUUUGGGACAAAACUCAUUAUUGCUUUUACUGUGGCCAAUCAAAUUUAAAGAUGGCAAGGCAUUUGGAGAGGAAACAUAAGGAAUUUAAAGACGUUGCCUUUGCGUUUAGCUUUCCAUCAGGAUCCAAAAAAAGAAAAGUCCUUUUGGAACAGCUACGGAACAAGGGAGACUUCAAGCACAACAGCACAGUUCUAAAAAAAGGCCAAGGGGAACUUGUCACAUGGAAGCAGCCAACAGAUGCCGCCUCUAUCCAUGAUUAUUUGCCCUGCCCAUCUUGUUAUGGGUGGUUUUUAAAAACUGGUCUGUGGAAACACCAUUUGGUUUGUAGAGCCAGGGAGCUAUGCGAGGACGACAAGCGAAAGAAAGGAAAGAGGGUCCAAAAAGAUGCUGCCAGUCUCCUCCCUACAGCUCUAUCAUCAGGAGGAUGUGAAGAGAUAAUCAAUAACAUGAGACAAGAUCCUGUAUCAUUUCACAUACGCAGCGAUUACCUAAUUUGCAAGUAUGGUGAAUCACUGUAUGCAAAACAUGGUAGUGUCAAGUCAAAGCACCAGUACAUUGCGCAACGAAUGAGGGAGCUAGGGCGAUUCAUGCUAAUUGCCAAAGAAAUGGACAAGACUGUCAUGGGUUUGCAGGAUUUGUGCAUCCCUUCGAAGUUUAAGACUGCCGUGGACGUGGCAAAAAGACUCACUGCCUUCAGUCCAGGCAAAAAUGAGUAUGGGAAACCCUCCACAGCUCUUAAAUUGGGAUUUUGUCUGAAAGGAGCAGUGGAAGUCCUGAUUGGACAGACUCUGAUGAGGGAUGAUGACGUGGCAGAGAAAAAGGCAAAAAAAUUUCUGGAACUCCUAGAAAGAAACUGGAAAAACCACGUAUCAGUCAGUGCGCAUCAAACAAUAGAGGAAAAAAGAUGGAAUAGACAAGAUGAUAUUCCCCUCACCAAAGAUAUCAUCACUCUCAGGGACCACCUUAGAAUGGUUGAACAAGAGGCAAAGGCAGAAUUGACCCAAAAGAUGAGCUUAAGUGCUUACAGGAAAUUGAAUGAAUCUGUUCUGGCCCAAAUUAUUGUUUUUAACAAGCGCCGUGAAGGGGAAGCAUCACGUAUGACUCUAGAGACCUACCAGAAUGCCAGCACAAAUCCUGUAAACCAGGACAUUUUUGAAACUCUAUCGCCAUUGGAAAAAGAGUUGAGCAAGCUCUUAACUCGCAUUGAAGUCAGGGGGAAAAGAGGCAGGAAGGUCCCAGUGUUCUUUACAGAAAGAAUGAAGGAGUCCAUUGAUGUUUUAAUUGAAAAGCGAGAAGAUGCAGGAAUACCAAUUGAGAAUCCCUAUCUUUUUGCAAGACCUGGUGCAAUGACAAAUAUCCGGGGAUGUGACUGUCUGCGCAAAUAUGCUGAAGAAAGCAAUGCAGAAAAUCCUACAUUCCUAAGAUCUACCAAACUGAGGAAACAGGUUGCUACACUGUGCCAGCUGUUGGAUCUUGGUGAACAAGAAUUGGAACAAGUUGCAAGAUUCAUGGGACACGACAUCAGUGUACAUCGAGACUUUUAUCGACAGACUGAUAAAACAUUUCAGAUCGCAAAAAUUAGCAAGCUUCUUUUUGCAAUGGAGCAAGGCACUGGAACACUAAGUGGAAAGAAUCUUGACACCAUUCAAUUAUCUUUGUGUGGUAUGUAUGCACUGAAAUUUCACAAGAUUUAAAACAAUUGUGUAGAGACUGGCAUAUAGAAAUACUCUGUUCUCACGUCUAUACUUCGAAUCUUUUUCAAUCCUCCCCAAAGCAGACUCUAGCAGCACCAAACCAGGAGGGAAAAGAAACAAAAAUGUGGAUGAAGAUGACAUCCCCAAAGCAGGGCCUAGCAACAUCAAACGGAAAGGGAAAAGACAAAAAAAUGUGGAUGAAGAUGACAUCCCCAAAGCAGACCCUAGCAACAUCAAACGGAAAGGGAAAAGACAAAAAAAUGUGGAUGAAGGUAAAAUUGUUCGAUUACUAAGUAUGCCACUACUGUGUAUGUAGGCAUUGUUAGAUUCAGACUUAAGGGCGGUUCACACGGCACACAUUAGCAUCGGUGCUGCACCGAUGUAUUCUGUUGCGAUAUAUCUUACACCAGUGUAUAUUUUGUGGAGCGUUCACACAUAUAAAGCUGCUUACUAAAGAGAAGCGUGUUCACCCCUGUGCAGCCCCACUUGCGUUCACACGGCAGUUUCUGCAGCCAUGAAAUGCGAUGAUGCGGAAAUAAAACAUGGGCAUUCGUAAAGUGUACUUACUUUUCCCCGCCUUGUUUGUGACAUAUCGAAAAACCAUGGAUUAUACCUCUCUAGACAAAUCAAUGCUGUGGUCUAUUAGACACUGUAAAAGAAUGAG